UGCUUUCUCCCCACUCCGUUAGACGCUAAGGAAGUUUGUCGUUACUAGUGUCGUCGUUGAUGCAUUCAAUUAUGCCAAAUCUGGCCACACUGACUGGUGUCGCUUUCGAUGCACUUAAUUCUGGCAAAUCUUAGCCACACUGAUCGACGGAUUCGACGGUCUUCUGUAAUGGUUUUUCAUGGUCACCGAUUACAGCUGAUUGGUGUUUGGUAUUCCGGCAUUCCGUUUCUUUUUGCCUAAAUACGUUUCAUCAACGUUCCUUGAUUCGGGUUUAGGUUUGAUAUGUCUAACGUCGUCCAAUACGAUUCUUUUCGUUUCCACAUUCGCGUUCCCUUUUAGGUUUCGCCGUAAAAUGUCGAAAAUGAGCUCGAAAGACAAAGACAACAAAACUUUGCACGACAAACUGAGACAAUUCUUUCGCAUCAACAAAGGAAAUUACAAGAGUCGUGAAGACUUUACAUUGACGUACGAACUCGAGAAGGAAAUUAGUCCUGAUAGUCCUGUACAUCAUCGUACCAAAGCAAUCAAAGACCUCUGCGAUGCUGUGCUUAAUCAACAAUGGGAAGAUAAAGCAGCAGAACGAUUGUGGUACUUGGUGCAGGAUCUUUUAGGAAAGGACAUUCCACGUGAGCACAGACAUGUCACGUUAAACUUUCUGCGUUGCUUGGUACAAGGCCAAUAUUCCAAACUGUCUUCGCUUAUGAGAGUAAAGUUCUUCAUGGUCGUCAAGGAACACAAUAUUCCUGAAGACAUUGGUCCUAGAUUGGAACUGUUGCAAAGUUUGACAGAGAAUGGGAAAGAUAUAGUCCAUUUAGAAGAGCGAAUGGGACCUUUUUUGCUAGAUUGGAUGCCUGUUGUGACUGCAGGCGAUGGCAAGAGAGGCUCAGAAUUUUUGUCUCUGCUUGUCAAUGUUAUAAAGUUCAAUUCUGCCUAUAUAGAUGAAGACAUUAUAUCAGGCCUCGUUCAGUAUAUUUGUCAUCUGUGUUAUUAUAGCAAUAGCACUGAAGUUGUUUCUGGGUGCUUGGAAGCUCUGGAUGCUAUUGUAUGUUACAGCAAUUUACAGUCUGACUCGUUGCAAACUUUUAUCAUUGCUCUCUGUGGAAGCGUGAAUGUCGAAACAUACUGUCAGAUAAGCUGGAAGAUAAUGCGUAAUUUAUUAGGAACACACAUGGGUCACUCUGCACUCUAUACUAUGUGUCGUUUAUUGCAAGAUGCAAAUUUUCAACGAGACGUACGCUUACUCAGGGGUGCAGUGUUUUAUGUAAAUAUGGGUCUUUGGGGUACACAUCGAAUCCCAAAACUAGAGUGUACUCCAACAUCUGUUUUACCUUCUUUCUAUCAAGCUUUAAAAUGUAAUCAUCCAAUUGUUAUGUAUGAAGUUACGCUAUCAAUUCAAAGACUAGUGAAUAAAUAUGGUGCUGAGUUGUGGGAUCCUACGUGGAGCAUUAUUCUCGAUAUUAUCCGGGAAGUUAUUUCUCAUACAGAAACAAGCAAUCAGCCUGCGACCAAACAAGUUUCUAUGAGUUUGCACGAAACAAUAAAUAGCAUUGAGAAUUUAUUGGACAACAAUCACUAUAAUGGUUGUGUGUCACGAUUUUACGAUCUUGUCGAACGAUGCAGCGAUACUCGACCUGAAGGAUCCGUUUUGAAACUGAUCGAGUAUCGAGCGCGAACUAUAGGACCAACUCACUAUCAUUGGCAGUCGAGAUUAGCUAAUUUGAUGGAACGUUAUUACAAAAUCGAAACGCGUACCAAUGUUAGAAUGAAGGUUCUUGACGUUUUCACGAACGUGAUUCAAAUUAACAGAUCCAGGUACGAGGAUGAAUUGAUAGAACGAAUUGUUGUGCCAUAUUUUCAACAUGUAGACAUGGAUUCUGAUAUUGCAAUUCGUAACGGUGUUGCCCAUUUGCUUAUCGAUCUUUGCCUGGAAUGCGAUACGAAACGAUGUUUGGAACUCUUGGACAUGUUGGAAAAGUUGAUUAACAAGCCUUUCUAUUCCGACAGUCCAAUAAUAAAGGACGUGGACAUCAAAGACGCGAAAACUGCAGUUGUGGGCAUAAUAAAGAUAUUGACGUUAAAAAUAUACUAUUUACCAUCGAGCCAUGCGAUACGUGCUUACAAAAUUUUAGUGAAUCAUCUGGAACAGCACUACAAAGAUCCGUCUGUCUUUCACGAUGUUCCCACGAUUAGAUAUCUGAUUUUCGAAUGUUUUUUGAAGAUCAGGGCAAAUACACUUUACCAUCUUGGAUUUCCCGACGAAAAAAAUACAUCCGUGACACGUUUCAGUUCUUAUUUAGUUUUAGAACAUGCCGCGACUGAACGGAUGAAUAGCGGGGGUGGUAAUAGUCCUCCGCCAGCAAGUCCAGCUCCAUUGCAACAUUUAUCUUGUCAAAUUACUCAUAUGUCAUUGGCACACGCGUGCAAAGCCGUCAUCUCUUGUAUUAAAUUAGAGAAAGAUUGGAAAGUUUUGCAGUUCGUGUUAAAAGAGUUGCCUCAAGUAAUGCAAAACAGAGCGUUGGUAUUGUCAAGGCAUACUAACGAUAUUGAUUAUUUUGCAGCUGCACUUUGUUCGAUGGUCAGUGAUAAGAGCUUAAGACUUCCAGAAUCAUUGUACAAUGUUCCUCCAAAAUUCACUCUUUCUGAGUUUCGCGUUCAUGUUUUUCCAGUAUUAGCGUCGUUAGCUUCGUAUCAUGCGCACCUGGAACCUAAUUUGCAACAACGUCUGAUCAAAUGUUUAGAGGUAAAGGUGGGUUUGACAGCGAAAUGUGCGAGUCAGUGUGUCACUAGUCUCACAACUUGCAUUUUAGAAAUGCGAGACGCGAUGAACAAACUUUUGUCAGAAGUUCUGUUGAACUUGUCGAAAAUUUCGGCGACGGUACACAUAGCUAUACCAAUUUUGGAAUUCUUAUCCACCCUUACUAGACUUCCAAAAGUAUUCGCAAGUUUUAUCGGUGACCAGUACAUGUCCGUCUUUGCUAUCCUAUUACCAUAUACAAAUCCAUUCAAGUAUGACCAUUAUACAGUAUCGUUGGCGCACCAUGUAAUCGCUGUAUGGUUUUUGAAGUGUCGAUUACCAUUUCGAAGAGACUUUGUUAGAUUUAUUACUACAGGUCUGAAGGCUAAUGUAAUAGUACCUUUCGAGGAGGGGCACCUAAUGAAGUCGGAUUUCAAUUUUGUAAACGAAGAUUCGUCGAACAGAAAACGUAGUUCGAGUUUAACGGAACAGGGCAGCAGAGGCAGGAGAGAGAGACCAAUUAUGGCCAAUCGCAUUAUAGGCGACGGGAAAGUUUCAGAUUUGAAACCUCCGAUAGACGAAGCUUUAAUGACCUUUCACGUGGAACUCACAGAAACUUGCAUCGACCUUAUGGCUCGUUACACAUUUUCAACAUACUCUGCACGACCCAAAAGACUUCCAACUGCUGACUUUCUGCUCAAGGAAGGCCAAUCGAUGACGUGGCUACUCGGUAAUAAACUUAUUACUGUUACGACGAGCGGUUGCAGUAACAAAGCAAUGAGAGGAGGACUUUGUGAUAAUUGUUGGGUUGCUUGCAAACCUGGAACCCAGACGCCAGAACAUGCUAGAACGUCUCAGUUGAAUUUAAGACGAGCUUCGAGUACAGAGACAGCAAAGGAGGAAAAAUUAUCCAGACAGUCUUCUGGGGGCCACGGAAGCUCCACUGGGAACACAGCUGCAAAUUCUCCGACGGAAGAAUUGAAAAAGGUCUCCGAGGAUUUGGAUGCAACAAAAAGGGAUUAUUCUGUAGAAAAAGCUGACAAGGAACAAGUUGAAUCGUCAAAAUUGGAACAAAUACUCAACAGCGAGAAACAGGAAGAACAUAUUCUGUGCGCUUGCUGGUGUCAAGGCUGGGCUGAAAUAUAUGUGCGCAGGCCUACGGGAGACAUGUCUUGGAUAAUGAGGAUUCAGAAUUCUAUGCAAUUCGAAACUCACGUAGAUUUCCCUGUGUACGACAUAAUGGCCUUGUACAGGCCAAACCAAGAUUUAUUGCAAAAACAGCAAGAAUCUACGUCAGAAUACUCGGGAGACGAGGCAGAGGAUACUGCAGACAAGAAUGCAGACCAAGUGCAAAGCGACCAUAGCAGUAUUAUGAAAUCUGUGACAUCGUCUUCCGUAUCGUCGGGUCCAAUCGCUAUACCGGGUUCACCAGCACGACCGAAUCCUUCGAGGCAAAGUUCACGCGAUAGUUUAGAAAGUUUGGAAGAUGGCGAAGAUGAUUUACGGCGUUCGCGAAAUCCAGUGCGGAGAUCGAAUUCCAGCCCAGAGAUGAGUGCCAAUUGGAAAAAUCCAUUUUUAAACAAGGAGAAACUAAAUUUGCAACAAGUAGAUCGUGAACUAUCGUCUGCAGACGUGGAAAUUAAAACUGAUGCAGAAUUGAAGAAACAUGCGAAAACCACGUAUGCUAAAGACAUGAGAGUGAGUUGCGAGGCUAUACCGGAGGAAAUAUUUGGCAUGGGUACAACACCACCGUCGUCAGAAAAUACGUCAGAACAUCCGACUGCAUUAAAAUCACAACGUUCUUAUCCAGGAGCAACGCAAGUCACCCAAGUUCUUACAACUACUAGCAAUACCGUUCCACCAUCGCCGACCACUAUACAGGUACAAGGAAACUUCUUGGGUGUACAAGCGCGCGCUUCCCAAAUACAAUCGUCUACCACAAAACCUCCACAAUCGCCCACCCAAAUUUAUCCCCGUUUAUCUAGUCUCGAUUCCGGUCAAAAACUAUCAACAUUAGGCGCGGAGAGUAAACCUCCCAUCGGACGAAAUCAUCUCGCAGAUAAACAAAAGGAUGAACGACCCGAUCCUUCUAUGCUGCCCCCUUUGCCUUUACCAUUUCGUGAUAGGGGGCACACGAUUUCCGUCAUGAGUCCGGUGAAAAAAUCUCGCGCGGAAUGGGAUAAUAUUCGUAGAGGGAAUUCACCGCGUGUAAAAGACCCACCUAAAACCGGUAUUAAUCCUAGUUUCGUGUUUUUACAACUAUAUCAUACUGCACAUUUUGGCUCUCCCUCGGAGAAACCUUUGCUGGUUCCACAAACAACGGCUGUGCAAAGAGCAGUAACGAAUUUAGAUAGAAUACAACCGUACGAAACCCAUAAAAUCGGAGUUCUUUAUGUUGGCCCUGGUCAAGCUUCCAACGAAACUGAAAUUUUAGCCAAUCAGCAUGGAUCUCUUCGAUACACUGAAUUCUUACAACGAUUGGGAACGUUGGUCCGAUUAAAAGACGUCGAUGAAAGCGUAUUUUUGGGAGGCUUGGAUCGUAAUGGCGAAAAUGGAAACUUUGCAUAUAUUUGGCAAGACGAUGUCACGCAGGUGGCCUUUCACGUGGCUACUCUGAUGCCCACAAAACCUAGCGAUCCAAAAUGUACGUCCAAAAAGCAACACAUUGGAAACAAUUAUGUCACUGUCGUUUACAACGAAUCUGGAGAACUAUACAACAUACAAACUGUGAAAGGACAAUUCAAUUACGCAUGCGUUGUAAUUCAACCUUUAGAUCAUGGUACCAACCAGGUCACAGUUCAAGUCAAAGAAGAAUUAGCAAAACAUAUUCGACAUAGUGAACCUAAAAUUAUUUCUGAUCAGAAUUUAGCCAUUCUGUCUCGGCAACUUGCUCUUCAUGCCAAUCUUGCUUCAAUGGUUUCGUCGUCUUUAGAACAAAAUAGUCAUAACCCAUAUGCCUCAAAUUGGCUGGAGCGUUUACGCCACAUUAAACGAUUACGAAACCGGGUUUUACAAGAGUCUAUAAACAACAAUCCAGAUGGAACUACUGACGAUUUAUCGCCCAGGCCGAACAAACGCGUUUAUAUGGAUGAUUUUACCGAAUACACAACAUGACUUCAUCUUAAUUAAAAACUUACAUAAAUGUUGUUACUAAUGUAAUUCAUAUUCGUUGUAAACUUAUGUACUUUGUUGAUGCAAUAAUUAAGUACCCUUUAUGUGAACU